AUCAGGAGAUUUGCCCAGAACCGCAGCAAGCCGCCGGCCGGCGUUCGACUCUCUUUGCUCUCUCAACGAACUCCAGAUUUCACUUCACCAAAAGUCAACCCCCUCUGACCUUCCACUCACCCAUGCAUCAUCACCUCUAUAUAAGCGCUUCACUUGCGAGACAUUCCCAACACACACACACACAACUCGUCCGUCGUCACCACAACAAGCAGUACAGAAUCGAAGUCUCCACUCCAGUGCACCACCAUGGCGAAACUCACGGCAGUCGUCGUCCUGCUCAUGGUGCUGGCCGCCGCAACGGCUGGCGCGGUGGUCACCAACGCCGACGGCGCUACGGCUACCGUCCCAGGUCGUCGCCACCACCAGCAAACCAGGAGGAGCAGCCGUUUCCUGCUUGCCAACUCCUCGCCGCCGUCGCCGUACUACGCUUGCUCCAAGAAGUCAGCCGCCGCCGUGUGCUUCGCUCCGGGCAGCCCCGGCGCGACGUGCUGCGGCGGGCGGUGCGUGGACACGGCAGCCAGCGCCGACCACUGCGGCGGCUGCAGCAAGGUCUGCAAGCACGACCGCAGCACCUGCUGCGGCGGCCGCUGCGUCGACCUGCUCUCCGACAAGGGCAACUGCGGCGCGUGCGGGAACCUGUGCGACAAGAGAUGCAGCAACGGCUUCUGUGACUACGCCCUGUAAUUAAUGUAUAAGCUGUAACGUGACGUGCGAUGCCACAUAUAUUAUAAAAAAAUUGUUAUAUCAACAAGAAAUGAAACAACGGCUUUUGUGGAUUGUGUCCGUCUAAUAAACGCAUUUCAUGAGAGAAUCCUUCUUGUCCACCCUACUCCUAUAUAUAAAUUUGCACGCAUCUCAAAGUAAUAAGUCACAAAAUUAAUUAAUAGUUUUUUCUCUAAUUACUUUCCAGUAGGUCCACAUGGGUCUAGCCUUGCUCUACCUCUAGUAUAAAAACAGAUUGAAAUGGACCGAGAAACAUCUAGCUAGUUCUGGCUAACAAAAAUUAGUUGAAUAACGUUUCUGUUCGCUAAAAAGCAUACC